AUGCCCAAUGACUCAUUCAACAAGCCCUCGGCUUCUUCGGACCAUCAUGCCCAGGGGGGUAAGAUGGGCAGCUUUGGGAAAGCCGCCGUUCUGAUGGCUGCUACUACUCCUGCCGCAGGUGGAGGGGGUGCCGGGGUCUUAGCUCAAGCCACCGCCGCCUCGGGAAAGAAGUCUCCCCGUCUCCCCAAGUGUGCCCGGUGCAGGAACCACGGCUACUCCUCGCCACUGAAAGGGCACAAGAGGUUCUGCAUGUGGAGGGACUGUCAGUGUAAAAAAUGCAGCCUGAUCGCAGAGCGGCAACGGGUGAUGGCAGCGCAGGUUGCAUUGAGAAGGCAGCAGGCCCAAGAAGAAGAGCUGGGGAUCAGCCAUCCCAUCCCUCUGCCCAGUGCCCCAGAGCUCUUUGUUAAGAAGGAAAACAAUGGUGGCAGCUCCUGUUUAUUGUUGGAAAGCAGCAGCCCGACACAUUCAACAAACACAGCAACUACAGCAUCCACCACCCCAUCAGAGGGACGGAUGCUCAUUCAGGACAUUCCUUCCAUCACCAGCAGAGGGCAUCUGGAGAGCACAUCUGACUUGGUUGUGGACUCCACCUACUACAGCAGUUUUUACCAGCCAUCCCUGUAUCCUUACUACAACAACCUUUACAACUACUCCCAAUACCAGAUGGCAGUGGCCAGUGAAUCCUCCUCUAGUGAUAUGGGGGGCACACUAGUAGGGUCCCCUGUGAAAAACAGCCUGCGAAGCCUCCCAGCUACAUAUAUGUCAAGCCAAUCAGGAAACCAAUGGCAGAUGAAAAGCACAGAGAGCCGACAUGCCAUGAGCUCCCAGUACAGGAUGCACUCAUACUACCCUCCUGCCUCCUACCUGGGCCAGAGUGUUAGCACCCCUGCUUGUGUUCCGCAGAUCUUCACUUUCGAGGACAGCCCUUCAUACUCAGAGUCUAAAGCAAGCGUAUUUUCACCACCCAGCAGUCAAGAUUCUGGCUUAAUUUCCCUUUCCAGCAGCUCUCCUAUCAGCAAUGAAAGCACCAAAGGAGUACUGGAGUGUGAGUCUGCCUCUGAGUCUGGCACCUUCACUGUUAAUUCUGUUAUAGAAGAUGGCGAAUAA